UAAAUCUUUCUCCACCGCCGGUCUUUAAACCACCUGAAGAGAUGCCAGAGGAAACGUCCGCCGCGUCGAGCUCUGCGAGUGUGGAGAAGCCGUGCUCCUCCUCCUCAGCUGCUGCAGACAGCUCUGUUGACGUCAUGGAGGAGGCAAAGAAACUGAUUGGCACAGGAAACAGGCAUCUGGUCAUGGGAGAUGUUGUUUCCGCUGUCAGUGUCUUUCAGGAUGCCUGCGGCAUGUUGGCUGGAAAGUACGGUGAUACUGCAGAUGAGUGUGGCGAGGCCUUCUUUCUUUGUGGGAAGUCCCUGCUGGAGCUUGCCAGGAUGGAGAACAGUGUCCUUGGUAAUGCCCUUGAAGGAGUCCCAGAAGAAUCGGAAGAAGAGGAGCAGCCCAAAGACUCUAAUGUUGAGAGUGCCAACAAUCUUGAUGAAGAAACUAGGGAUGAGCUACGAAAGCAGGUGUAUGAUGCGAUGGCAGAGGAGGAAAAGACUGAGGCCGCUAAAACAAAUUCAGAGUCUGAGGUCGAACACAUCGACACUGAGGUGAAGAAGGAAAAUGGUGUGACUGGAUCAGAGGAACAUUCAGUUUCACCUGACCAGAGUUCAGUGCAGGAAGCUGACGUGAAUGGAGUUGAGAAGAGCCCGGUUGUUCAUGUGAAUGGUGUGGAGAAACAAAAUGGCAAAGAGACGGCGGCGACGAACGGGGAAUCAAAGCAAGCGGAUGAACAGGACGAGGAGGAACCAGAGGGCAAUGAUGAUGAUGACGACGAUGAUGAUGACGAGGAUGGAGAGGCUAAUGGACAAGAAAAGGAAGAGGAUGAAGUCGGGAAUUUGCAGCUGGCGUGGGAAAUGCUGGAGGUAGCCAAAUUCAUCUAUAAAAGAAAGGAAAGCAAAGAUGACCAGCUGAUGGCAGCACAGACGUAUCUGAAACUCGGAGAAGUCAGUGCAGAGUCGGGUAAUUACCCCCAUGCGUUAGAAGACUUCCAGGAGUGCCUCACCCUGCAGCUGAAGCACUUACCUCCUCACAGUCGUCUGCUGGCUGAGACCCAUUACCACGUCGCCACCACGCUGUGCUACAUGGAUCAGUACAGCCUCGCCAUCCAACAUUACAACAGCUCCGUAAAAGUCAUCGAGAAACGCCUGGCCAUGUUGCAGGAGGUGAUAGCUGCAGCAGAUGGGGCAGCAGCAGAAGAGAAGACUGAGUUGGAGGAGCUGAAGCAGCUUCUGCCCGACAUCAGGGAAAAGAUUGAGGAUGCCAAGGAAAGCCAGAGAACAGCCAGCUCAGCAUCUCAGGCCAUACAGCAGACACUAGGUGGAGCUUCAACUUCAUCAGCAUUCAUGUGUGAAAAUGGGGGCGCUUCAUCAUCAUCAUCAUCUUCUUCUGCAUUUGCAACAGCCAGCAAGAUUCCGGUUAAAUCGCCUGACAGCGCCUCAUCUUCCAAAGCGGCCUCAGACAUCUCCCACCUCGUCAGGAAAAAAAGGAAACCCGAGGAGGAGAGCCCAGUAAAGGACACUGAAGCUAAACAAGCGAAACAGGAAGCCACAGUUAAUGGCAGCGGUGACUCUAGUGCCAGCAACGGCAAAGGAGUCCAGGAGGGAAAAUCACAGGAGUCUGCCAACCAGUCAUCAUCCUCCGUCAAGUCUUCAGCGUGACUCUCUUCGUCUCUUUUCUGAUCUUGGAAACCAGCACAGCAUGCCUGUCCAGCCCCUCUCCACAACACUUUUGUUUCUGUAAAUAAGAUCCAUUUUCAUAGAUUUGUCUGUCCAGUUUUGUAUACUUGUAGUAAAAAAGAAUAAAAAAUUUGCAGAUGUA